UCAACCUCACAAUCCUAUAGAAUUACAAUCCCUCUUCAACACUGCCAACUUCAGUGGCUUCCCUCUCUUCCUACACACUUUCUUUUUGCAAACUCACUUUUCUUCUCUGCACCACACACACCCACACUAAUGCUCUUUCUUUUUAUUAACGGGUGUGUAUUUCCAAUGAUACUAACACCACAUUUAUAGUUCCUUCCAGAGCAGCCAUAAUAGUUAAACACAUGGGCAACUAAUUUUAAUAUUUAGGAAAGUAGACAAAAGGAAAUUGGCUAGUGGCACUUUUGGAUGGUGCAGCAAAACUUUCAUUUUGCUUUCAUAUGUCACGGCCGCCCAUUUACUAGCAAGGUAGGGCCAUUUCAAGUUUAUCUAACAAAUUUCUCUGAUAGGCCAAACCUUGCAUCGGCUAGAACAGUUACUUACAACAAUACGAAUAUAGUCUUCUCUCCAUAUGGAGAAUAUUGGAGACAAGUACGAAAGAUAUGCACAAUGGAGCUACUGACGAUAAAGCGAGUGCAAUCUUUUCAGUCCAUAAGGGAAGAGGAGGUGGCAGAACUGGUUAAGAAAAUAGCUGCAAGUGAAGGCUGUGCUGUUAAUCUCACCCAGAACAUUUACCCGAUGACUUGCGGAGUAGUCGCACGAGCGGCUUGUGGUAAAAAAAACAGAUAUCAACAAGUGUUCAUUUCAAAGAUUAAUGAGCAAUUGAAGCUCAUGGGAGGGUUUUCGCUAGCUGAUCUCUAUCCUUCUAGCAGAGUGCUUGAAAUGGCGGAGAAGGUGAAGUUUGAGAAAGUUCACAAAGAGACUGACAGGGUUUUGCAAGACAUCAUCGACGAACACAGAAAUGGAAGCAAGUAUGAAGUAGUGGAAGAUCUGGUUGAUGUUCUUCUCAAGUGUCAACAGGAAAACGAUUCUGAAAGUCUCUUAACUGAUGACAACAUUAAAGCGGUCAUCAAGGACAUAUUCGUGGCUGGAGGCACUUCAUCUUCCGUAGUGGAAUGGGGGAUGUCAGAAUUGAUAAGAAACCCAAGGGUGAUGGAAAAAGCACAAGCUGAGGUGAGAAUAGUGUAUGGUAAGAAGGGAUAUGUGAAUGAGACCGAAUUACAGAAAUUGAUAUACUUGAAGUCCAUAAUCAAAGAAACAUUGAGGUUGCACCCACCUGUACCAUUGUUAGUUCCGAGAGAAAGUAGAGAAAGGUGUGAAAUCAAUGGGUAUGAGAUACCCUCUAAGACAAGGGUAAUUAUCAAUGCUUGGGCAAUUGGAAGAAAUGCUGAGUAUUGGACUGAAGCUGAGAGUUUCAAACCUGAAAGGUUUCUCAAUAACUGUAUCGAUUUCAAAGGUGCAGACUUUGCAUUUAUCCCAUUUGGUGGUGGAAGAAGGAUCUGCCCAGGCAUUACAUUUGCCAUCGCAAACAUUGAGUUGCCACUUGCUCAGUUACUUUACCAUUUUGAUUGGAAGCUUCCGAACAAUAUGAAGAAUGAAGAACUUGACAUGACCGAGUCGGGAGGAAUUACUCUCAGAAGAAAACAUGACCUCUGCUUGAUCCCCAUCACUCAUCAAACUUAAAAUGUAAGAGUCAUGGUUACAUUCAUUUGAAGUGGUGUUGAUGAUGAAUUUUCCUUGAGUAUCGGUGAAUUGUUAGUGACAAUUAUGUGAAAGUUGCUGACAAAGUGUUUAAGGUGGUGAAGGUUAAUGAUGAAGAAUGAUUUUCACCGUCAAUGAGUUUUUGCAAAUCACUGGUGGCAAGAAUGAUUCGAGCAGAUCGAUUGACAGUAUGUGUUUCAAAGUAAGUGACGAGACUUUUAUGUAUAAGUGGGUCUAAUAAAACUGAACUUUUAUUUAUCAUUUUUCAAUGCUACGUGUCCUUUCAUGUGUGUCACGAAACCUAAAUAUAAAGGGUGACAAGGUUGACAAAACUAAGUCGGAAAUUAACUAAGUAUAAGUUAAUCUUAUAAAAUCAAAUUUCUAUUUAUCAUUA